AAAGCUCUUGCCACCACCGUCCACCGACCUCCUUUCUUGCCUGCUUUCUUUGUUUUCUUUCAUUUUGUUUUUCUUCUUAAAAAUAAAGGCUUUUUCCCAUAACAGGUACAGAAGAAGACAAAAAAGAAGCCCCACUUUCUCUGAAUUUUGAUUCUCAAAAGUCUCUCUUCUAUCACUGAAACGUGUCACUUCACACACAGUAGAUUCCAAUUCCAUAGACAUCAAGUAAAUCUUUCUAGCAAAAAAAAAUUGGACCCAAAAUUCCAAGAAGCUAGUUUAGUUUCUGCCGUUUCUUUCUCCCCUCGUCUGAAUGUUAAUUUCAAUCUCCUCCCAUCAAUCUCGCCGACUCGGUCAGGCUCACAGAUGCCUAAAUUUGUCUCCACGUAUUUCUCUUUCUACAAGUGGAGUGUCCACUGUCACCUAUGCAUUUUUGAUGGAGAAUUUUCAUUUCCCAUUUCUUAACUUUGCUUAGAAUUUGAGAAAACAAGUAGGGGGAGAGGUGGAUUCUUCUAAUGGGUACUGGAUUUCUCUACAGUAUCAAAAAUCGGUUUGGUUUUGUUAAUAUUACAGGUCUUGUAAACGAGUUUGUGUAUCAUAAUAUGUAUAGGUUCUUUACUUUUUUCUGGGGUUAUGUCUGCAGCUACACCGUUUAUCUGCUUGAAUUGUUCUUCAGACAUAUCUUCAGAUUUGAGAAAGGAAAAUUUCUGGACAAGUUUGAGUCCGAUUCUGAUGAGGUUUAUCAUCAAACAGAAGAUGAUCGAUUUGGUUCAAUUUGCUCUUCGGAUUCAGAGAUGGAUAAAAGCGAUGAAGAAGGAGAGAAUUCUGUUAUUAUGGAGAGUGCCUUGUCGGCAAGCACUAAUAAGUAUGAGUUUUUGUCUGGAAAAGGCAUACGUGGGUUCGUGGAAGAACCAAGAACCUUGAGCUUUACUGUCCAUGAGCUGUCCCUGGAUUCAAACAAUGAUGCAAUUGUGAAUCCUCCAAUUUUUGGUACUGGACGCUUCCCUGAUGACGAAUUCCAGGGCGUUGGGUUAAUUGCAGAGGUAGCGGAUAAAGAAGAUGAAUCAGCGGCCUUCGUCAAAAGUUUUGCCAUUGAUGAGGCUUCAGAAGGUAAACAGGAAGGAGAAAGAUUGAUGAUGGAGAAGAAUUCUAAGGACGAAACGUUAAUUUCUGAUGAUGGAGUCACUGUCGACAGGGGUUUUCGAGAUCAUGAAUUGGAUGCAGAGGAAACAGAGAAUUCAGUUACAAGUUCGGUCAUUGAAGAGGGAUUAGAGAAGCAGGAGCCGGAAACAUCCACCGAGGAAAAUAUUUCUGAUAACCAAGAGAUGGGUGGUUUAGACCAUAGCCCUGAAAAUUCGGUUAAUAGGACUGCCGGUGGAGUAUUUGAAUCUGAAAGUCUCAUUUUCAUGGAUGAAGAGAAGAUGGAACAUAGUAGAGAAGCAGAAGAAAUUUCCAUUGAAGGAGUAGAACCUCAAAGCUGCAUGUUGAUGGAUGAGGAGAUGACAGAACAAAACAGAGAAACGGAAGCUGUUUUAAUGAGAGAGCAAUCCAUGGAUUCCGACGAUGAAUAUAUAGAAUUAAAACCCCAGAAACAGAAUUCAAUUUUGGAUGAGGAAAUAUUGUCUACAGAGGAUUUAAGCAACAUUGAUGACAGAGAAGAAGAGCAAGAAUUAGUCCAUGAAAAGGCAGAACCGAAAUUUGAAGAAUCCAUCUUCCAAGAGCAUAAAGCCUCAGAUUCACAUGUCCAAAGUGAUUUAGAUUACAUGUUUGAGCACCAGGACAUAAUAGAACAGCUAAAACUGGAGCUGAAACUAGCAAGAACAGGGGGUCUUCCAACAAUUCUUGAAGAAUCAGAAUCUGAAGAAUUGGAAACUCCGAAAACAGAACAAGAGCUAAAGCCAAUGAAGAUUGAAGACCAGAAAUUUGAGCGCAAAGAUCUCCUGGAAGGGAUUCAGAAAGUUUACAAGAGCUACUUGGACAAAAUGCGAAAAUUGGACAUCUUGAACUUCCAGACCAUGCACGUACUUGGCUUACUGCAGAUGAAAGACACAGUUCAGUUUCAGACAGCUCGCAAAUCUUCUGUUCCAGCAGUUAUCUCUCUUCUUUCGCAGAACUUAUGGUCAUGCAAAGGAACCGCGGUGGUUGAUCCAAUGAAGAAGGUGAUUUCAGACAUAUACAGUGAUUUCGAAACCAUAUAUGUUGGACAGCUUUGCCUUUCCUGGGAAAUACUCCAAUGGCAAUACUGGAAAGCUAAAGAAUUGCAAAACUAUGAUUCUCAAGAAUCCCAUCAAUAUAAUCAAGUAGCUGGUGAGUUUCAAUUAUUUCAAGUCCUGAUACAAAGGUUCCUGGAGAAUGAGCAAUUUCAAGGUCCCAGGGUCCAGAAUUAUGUCAAGAGCCGAUGUGUCCUUCGUAGUCUUCUCCAAGUUCCUCUAGUUAAAGAUGAUAGUUUCAAGGACAAGGGAAAAACAGGAGACAACAAUGAAGAUGCAAUUACAAGCCAAAUGCUAAUAGAAGCCAUUGAGCAAUCAAUGCAAGUUUUCUGGGAAUUCCUUCGUGCCGACAAAGAUGAAAGCAGUGUGUUCUUGCAGAGUCAUCAACAAUCCCAUCUUAAUCUCCAAGACCUUGUAGAUUCAGAGCUGUUAACUGAUAUUCGAACCGAUUGUCAGAAGAAGGAUAAAAAGCUUAAAGACAUAUUGAGAAUUGGAAAUUGCAUAGUGAAGAGGUUCAAAAGGCAACAGGAUGAUCGAGUGAAUCAUAUCCAGAAACUGGUAAGAGCUCAGGUGGAACUGAAAUUGGUUUCAAGAGUUCUAAGCAUGCCCAAACUAACAAGAGAUCAAUUGAUAUGGUGUCAUGAAAAACUACUAAAGAUUAACUUCUGUAAUAGAAAAGUUUUUGUAGAGUCCUCAUUUUUGCUCUUUCCAUGUUGACUGACACGGCAAGUGCUUUUAAGAAGGUUUAUAUACAUAUACAUGGAAAGUAAGUGUCAUCUUCCACUUAAAGCCAAUGUUAAUGGAGACAACUUUCCACUCUUUUUCAA